AGAGCGCUCUGCCAAUAAUUCCACGUUUUGAGAUGUUUUUCUCAAAGCAGCAACUGAGUCUAUGUUGUGUUAGCCGAUAAAGCUAGCAAUGUUUACAGAACUCAACAGCAUCCUCAACACCUCUCCUGACUCCUUCAGCAGGGGGGAAUAUAUCCUGGUUUCAGAAACACACACUGACGCAUCUUUCCUUAUUCACCACUUCCUUUCGUUCUACCUGCGAUCGCGAUGCAGAGUGUGUUUUUUGGGCCUGGCGCAGUCAUUUUGCCACUACAGUGUAGUGGGUCAAAGACUAGGUGUCAGUUUAACACAAGCAAAAGAAAAAGGUCAGCUGGUUUUCUUGGAGGGAUUGAAAGAGUCGCUGUCUGUUCUAAUUCCACAAGAAAACAUCCCAGAAAGCGAAGCUAUGAACUUUCUCAGGAACCCUUCAGUCGGCCUGAAGAGUCUGUAUGAGUUUGUUUACUCCAGCGUGAUGGACUCAGGCUGCAUGGAGGAAGGGGGAGAGGAGUGGGGACCUCCUGUGUUGCUGGUGGACGACCUUAGCGUGCUGCUGAGUCUGGGCGUCCACGUUGGAGCCGUUUUGGACUUCAGCCAUUACUGCAGAGCCGCAGUCUGCUCCAAAUUACAGGGCAACAUGGUGAUGCUGGUGCGCUGUAAUGCAGAAGAAGAGGAGGAUGAAGCAGAUGAAGGAUCCAAGGCUCUCCUGAGGGGCCUGACCCACCAGUGUAGUCUUAAUCUUCAUGUUCAGGGUCUUCCCACUGGCUACUGCAAGGACAUACAUGGCCAGAUGGAAGUUUGUUGGAAGAGGAGACAAGGCGAUGUACCCCACUUGCAGACAAACCUAUUCCAGUACAAAGUUCAUGAUAAAGGAGCAUCCUUUUUUGCCCGUGGGAUGUCCAGCGCUGUUCUUUAACUCCACCUUUUUAUUCUCCAUGUACAAAUUUUUCAAGAUCACCAUACGUUAUAGAUUUGACUUUAGCAUUUGCUGGUUUGUAUUCUUUGCCUGGAGGAUGGUAUCAUCAAUCAACAAAUACUAUUGAUCCUGGUAUGUAUGUUUCUGGAGGAAUAAUUUAUUUAUUUUUUCUUAACAGCCUCACUAGUACUACAGGUUUGCUUUGGAAUAGUUAUUCACAAUGUUUUUUGAUUUGACUGUAAGGUGCUUUGCACUGCUGUCAAAACAAGAUGAUCCUGUUUAUCCUCUGCUAGUUUUUUUUUUUUUUUUUUUGCUGCAG